AUGGCGAUCAGGAAGCUUCUGCUACUAUUGAAACCGAUUGAUCCGUACCCAUUCCUUCAAACAGAAGGUGUAUCGCUCAUCAAAAACCCUCAGGUUCUUCAAUAUCUUGAGAGCAGGUGCAAAGUACACAAGAAUGCUAUAAAUAUGUGUAAGGAGAUACUAAAUAAGAAGCCAGUCGAAUGGAAACCCGUUUCACGUAACGACUUAUCGAAGCCUAUUCAUGAUGUGGAUAUGGUCAUCACCGUUGGUGGAGAUGGCACACUCUUGCACGCCAGUCAUUUCAUCGAUGACUCUGUUCCUGUUCUUGGCGUUAACUCUGACCCAACACAAGCUCAUGAGGUUGAAGAACUUAGCGACCAGUUUGAUGCUAGUAGAAGCACUGGUCAUCUUUGUGCUGCAACAGUUGAGAAUUUUGAACAGGUGCUGGAUGAAAUCUUGUUUGGCAGAGUAGCUCCUUCGGAGAUAUCGAGAAUCUCAUUGAAGUUAAACUCAGAACCUCUUCUCUCACACGCACUUAACGACAUUUUGAUCGCACACCCAUGCCCUGCCGCUGUUUCAAGGUUCUCUUUCAAGGUUAAGAAUAAAGAUGGUGAGAUACGUUCAAAGACAGUGAACAGUCGCUCGAGUGGUCUAAGAGUUUGCACAGCUGCAGGAUCAACUGCUGCAAUGAGGUCAGCUGGUGGGUUUGUGAUGCCAAUGUUGUCUCGUGAUCUACAAUUCAUGGUUAGAGAGCCGAUCUGUCCCGGUUCAACCGCCAGUCAAAUGCAUUCGGCUUUCAAACCGGACCAGUCCAUGGAUGUUAACUGGUACUCAGACCACGGAGCUAUCUACAUCGACGGCUGUCAUGUUCGCUACAACGUGCAGCUAGGAGAUGCAAUCGAGAUAUCAUCCGAUGCGCCGGUGUUGAAAGUUUUCUUGCCUCAGGGCUUUGCUCAGGUCAGAUCGAAGUACUAG